UCUACCUGUUUGCUCUCAUCUCACUGGGAGGUGCUUUUAUAUCUGAGACAAUUUCUGUAAAUAAAGAGUUCAACAUCAGCUUCUGUCCCAUCACGUUUUACCAGAAAGUCUACACCCAGCUCUACGUGAACUUCACCAGUCAAAACUUCGUGGUCUGUUUCAACGGCUUUUACAACCCUUCAACCUCAGGAGACUGUUUACAUGGUCCUCCAUCCGGUGGUGGUUCUGCUGAGUUUUAUAGUGAAGAUGCAUCUCAUCUGGGAAGUGUAGUGAAGCGGGCUGUGUCUACAAUAACGAGCCCAACAAAUUGUUGGUUUUCCUUUCUGGUUGUUCAUAACAACAACUACGUUUAUUUUUAUCUUGUUAGUUUUGGAGAUCAGACAGCUCUGGUAUUAGAAAAAAGUACCGCCCAAACCAAGAAAGUUGAUGUUUAUGUUAACGGCACAUACUCGACUUCUGUAGUUGUUUCUGCCGCUGAUCCAGAGGCAUACAUUGACAUCAGUGGAUGCAGGUUCUCAGGUAAAGGCUUUUCUCCUAAUACAACACAUGUAAAUGAAACCUGCACCAGCGUCUCAUGCGGUCUUGACAGAUCCAUCACACUCUCAGGCUGUAAUGAUGGGGAACGCUGUGAUGGCCACGGCAGCUGCAUGAUGUCAUACACCUGCACUGUGAGCGGUCCUGCUGUCAUUGACGUCCACAACAAAGCCGACUUCAUAGAAGAUCGCUGUUCCUACACUUUGCUGUCGGAUUCGUGGGUUUCAGGCGUUCAGAUUCUGGCCAGUUUCCGUGAGCGACGUCGUACAGAUGUGAGCUUUGUGGACAGUGUGACUCUGCGGUUGGAGGAUCCAGGCGUUGACGUUCUCCUGAAACAAGACGACAGAGUCCUGGUGGACAACGUAGCUCUGGUCCUCAACAGCUCGGUCCAGGAGGUUCAUGGUGUCCAGCUCUCUAAGGACCAAACUGGAGUCACGGCCAAAGUUACACUCUCUGGACGCUCUGCUGCUGUGUUCUUUGAUGGAGACACAGCACAGAUCCACAUGGAAGGACCUGCUGGAUCAUCUCUGGUUGGUCUGUGUGGAAACUCCAGCAGUUUUUCUAGUGCAAAGCUCUCUGAGGAGAGCUCCUCCAGCUGUGAGAGCGUGUACACUGAACCUGCUGACGGUACGAUCGACUGCCCCUUGAUGACUAAACGCUGUAACCUCCUGAAGGAGGCGCCCUUCUCCUCCUGUAACACCACCGUGGAUCCAGCUCCCUACAUAACUGCCUGCAAUGCAACUUUGUGCAAAUAUCCUGCAGUGGACGGUCUCGGGUGUCAGUUCCUGUGGGCCUACGCCAGAGCCUGCAGCCUGAGCAACGUCGCCCUGGAGAGCUGGUGGUCUGAUCAUGGUGGGUCCUCUCCUCCACAUCUUUACUCUGCCAACGACAGCCAGGUGACCUACAAGAACACCAUCAUGGCUCAGAACAGCUCUUCUGAAGGCAUCACUCGCCAAGAUCAGUUCUACAUCGACUUCUCCUGCAUCCAUGUUCAGCCAGAAAUGAAGACUGUGGCCUUCAGGAUCAAAGACAGCUCUGUGGUCCAGCACAUCACAUCUGGAGAGUGGAGUUAUAAUGUAACCAUGAAAUCCUACACCGACGCCGACCGCACACACGUUGUGGAUUCUAACACCGAUGUGAUGCUGAACCAGAAGAUCUGGGUGGAGCUGGAGACCGAAGGGUUGGAUGCAGACCUGAUCGCCGUGGUGACGGACUCCUGCUGGGCAACUGACCAGGAAUCGCCCAACAGCACUCCGAGAUACGACCUGAUCCAGAAUCGCUGUGCCAACGCUGCUGACCAGACAGUGAUGGUGGAGGGAAACGGGGAGGGAACCUCCAACUACUUCUCCUUCACCAUGUUCCAGUUCAUUGGGAGCUCUGGUGACGUCUACCUGCACUGCAAACUGAAUCUGUGCAUCAAAGAGGAGAACAGCUGUGUCAAGUUGCUUUAUUAUUAUUCCAAUUUUCCCUAACUUGAUAAGGAAUGACAUCCACCUGGAGCUCUACUCCGGACUUCACUCAAAUAACCAAGCAGCAGUCAAUUAUUCCUUUUCCUCUUUCUUUCCUUCUUUUCUUUAUUUAGACUUUAGUAGGAAGAACAGUUAUGGAAUAUGUUUCUUUUGCCAUCUUUUUUUUGGUUUUUUAUCAGGUGAAAAACCUUCAAAUGAAACAAAAGGAAUACACAUAACUUAAAGUUCAAUAACACAAAAGAAAAAAAAAUAAAUGCAUUUCAUGAUUUCUAUAUGCACAGUAAAUAUUGAUUUUCCAACUACUACAUUUUUUUUUAAACCCAAGUGAUGUCAAUAUUUCUAUCAAAUUUAAAAGCACAAUUUAGCACAAGAAUAGCAUUUGCCUAUACAUUAACACCACUUAAUCCUCCUCAUAAGUCCAGCACAGGAAGCUCUGUCAUUCAUAAAGUUCACAGUGGCAGAGAGCCGUCAUCCUCGUCACAGCGCUGGAUUAAUCGCUACGUUAAAUCAGUCCGUCAACUGGCAGAUCAGCGAUCAUUCUUAACAUCACAAAGAAUUUAGUCUCUUACCAGCUGCCUCUCCAGUCUUUUACGGAUGUCUCUUAGUUUUCCCCGAUUUCGCCAAACAAUGUGACAGAAAUGUUUGGCGGCAUCUCCUCCCGACAUUAGCGCUUCUCCACUGGUCAGCUGUUAGUCCCAGCUGUGGCUACAUGACAUCACAGAUAAGCUUUCUCCCCGCUCGCUUUGAUGAUCUAUUUUCCCUACACAAGUUUGACUGAACAAGCUGCGUCCCGGUACGCCUCGCUGGAAGCUUUACUCAAUACGACUGUUUAACACUGGUUAUAUGAGAGACUGGACUAUUCUUGUUACUAAAUUAGUCACAAUUGCUCAUUAAAACCCUGAUAAAAUCUAUAAAAAUGCAUAACGUUUGGACUGAAAGUUGUUUUGAACUUGUAGGAUUGUUCUGGUGGAGCUAAAAGAAGACGCAGAUCUGUCAGGCCUAAACAUGAACGUGGAGCUUCAGCCUUGGUCAGCAUGGCCUGGAUUAAUUAGGUGGUUGCCAUGGUGACAUGGACUCACUGACAGGCUGCUGAACUUGGUGAUGAUCCCUGACUUAUGUGUGGUCCUGAUGUGGAGCUUUAAUGUGUGAAAGGAUGAGUUUUUAGUGGGAAAAGGUUAUUGAAGGUGUGUGAGGUUUACAUUUGAUUUUCAUUUAAACCAGAAUAAUAAUCUACAUUUUAUUGAGGUAUGUAAUCAGGUAUGACUACUGUAUCCUGUAUCACUUCAUCUCCCAGCAUGCCUAGAGACAUUCCCAGACCUCCCAGAAAGUCAUGGAUAAACGUAGCUGUAGCACAUCUGUUUGAUUUGUGACCUUCAAACAAGAAAAUAUCUGAUGGCAUGUUGCAGACA